AUGAAAAUUGGAAUUUUGGUGGGGGUUCAGCUCCUCUGUUGGCUGGCCAAAUGUCACAUUCAGAAGUCGACGGAGAUUCAUGCAACCAAGGGCCGAUUCAUGACUCAUAUGCUCCAUUCCGCCUAUUUCUUCGGGCAGUCAGGUAGGCUGGGAGAAGGGAUUGUUGCGGUGGAAGAGGUGUUGAAUUACACAUCAUGCUCAUGUUAGGAACAGGGUGACAUUAAUCAACUUUUUUGUUUUGAUGUGAUAUUCAAGUUUGUAAUGUCAAAAGACGAUGAACAGUUUCUAUGACGAGAUUUACGAUGAGUCAAAGAUUUUCAGACAUUUUAGAAACUUCUCUGCCCCUUUGAGAAUAUAAAUACAAAUAACAAAAAAAUUUAGAUUUGAAUGUUUUUGUAAGAUUAUUUUAAAUAGUAAAGCCAAAAGAGUUAUCAACAAACAACUCUCAGGUUACAAUCAAAGAUAACGCACAUCCUCAAAUUUCAGGUUGAUGUCUUCUAUUACAUUCUAGAUUCUUGAAACGUUAAGUAGUCCCUAAAAAGAAGGCCUUGCAAUAAGCAAAUUUUACUUUUUUCAGUAAACGUAAAAUGGAAAGCGACUGCCAAAGGGAAGCCAGAACUCCCAGUCUGGUUGCAUCUCGCCGGCUCUCGUCAUCAAGUCAUCGCUUAUUUGGUUGGCACUCCAGUCACUCCAAUGCCACAAGUCACCAUUCAUAUCAUUGCACGGAGGAUUGAUAACUACGAAAGCGCCAGUCAAUACAUUACAAUACUGCUUGAUGAUGACAGUAAGCAAACCAUUUAUGACUCGAACGGUUGUUUUUUGCCGAAUAUUUUUUAAAAUACUUUUGAAAUUUCAGUUCGUUUCAACACAACAACGCAGCAAGUAAUCGAAAUGAAAUUCAAGAAUAUUGAGCCAGAAGAUUUCUACAGUGAUUACAGUAAGAAUAAUCUGAAGAAGUUGGAGAAUGUGAUCCAGCGAACGUUCCCGGGGAAAGGAGUCAAUCCGUACAUCUUCAACAUUCUUCCCGAAUAUGUUCCGGAGUCACGAGAAGAAGCGUAUACCAAUUUCAAUUCAUAUUAUCCUGGAAAGAAGUUCAAGUCGGGGUGAGUUUAAAAAUCAUCAUGUAUUUUAUAUUGAUGAGAUACGACGUCUUGUUGAAGUUUUGCUCAAAUUGAGGCAGAUGCUUUGUAUAGACAUUUAGAAUGCGCGUGAAGCCGAAAGACACACGGCCUUAUGCCGUUCUUGUUGCCAUGUGCUAAAAAACAGAGAUUGUUCGUGAGGAAGACAGCAUUGCUACCGUUUCAAUUCAGUUGUCCGCGCUAAACGGGGAUCCAAAAGAGAUUUUUUUUAAAACAGUCUCAUCAUUUUGCAUAAUCUCUUUAGCAAGCAUUGACUGCCCCGAUCCGAUGGUGUAUUCGUUAUCAGACUCAUUUACUGUUGGCUAAUCUUUCAGAUCACUUGUCCAGAUUGGAACCCAGUCCCAAUUCCAUCCAAAUGUCCAGAAUCUUGCAAAAUACCGUGACAAUCCCGAUUACUGUUCCAACAACAACAUUAUCCCUCUGGAUAAGCAUUUUAGGAAUCAAUUUGAGGUUGAUUGGUGUCGGUUUUCAGUGGUAAGUUGAUUCGUCAAGCGCAAUAUUAAAAGGUUUUAUUCUUGUCUUUUUCCUAUCAAUUCUAUUGACGAUUUCAAACCAAAAUCUUUUUAAGCUUUCCGGGGUUUAUAUGUUUUUGAAAAUUUAGAUUGCCCCCUUUUUUCCCAGAAUUUCACCAAUUUUUGGAAUUUAAUUACAAAUACUCGAGGAUAAUCCGCAUUUAUUGUUGCUCAGAUUGCUCUUCCGGCCACUCGCUAUGUUUACUUGCUCAGAGUCACCAUUAAUCUGUUUAAAAAUUCCACCGUUUUAGAAGAAUAUGACAUUACUUCGUGGGUUCUACAUUCCAACAACAGCAGACCCUAUAGAUCCAUCUCCUGAGGUCGCAGAAGCGUUUCGAAAAGAUCUUGAGCUGAAGAAAGAGAAACUGGAAAGUCGGAGGUUGGAGGAGACCCGGCGUGAAAAAGAGAUGUACCAGUUUCCGUACUAUUUCUGGCAGAGUGUCGUGGUAAGAUUAAGAGCCCAGAAUCUCCGCAAAUCCCUAUGGGGAUAAACACAAUUUCUCCUGGAUUAAAAUCCAUCAUUUUGCAGAUUUUUCCGUUGCUGGCGGUCCUUUGUAUCGGCCUAAUCCUCGUGCUAAGUAUCAUUUUCUUCGGACGCCGCGAAGGCCAACAAUGGAGGGAUUACAAAACGCCAAAGUAAGGGAUAUUACCUGGGAUAUUCGUCGGAUAUUAUGCAGGGCUUCCGAUGACAGAUAUAAUGUCGGUGGAAAAAGGGAGACAAAAAAAAGGAAUUAGGGGUUAAGACAAUACGUGCAAGAUGACAAUUAGAGAUGUCUAUAGGGCCAUUGUAUGAUAAUUUCCACAAAAGCCAAAGAUCCCUUAUUUUACUAUUCACAUUAAAUCUUGCAGAGAACAGCUGCACGAGUAUCUCAACGUCCGUGAAAGCCAACGGCAUCUUCGCGAACUCAGCGUUCAGCGACAAAUGUUGUUGAUGAAUGAUCGAAGUAAAUCAAAUACUCCAUUAGGAGUUCAAGCCUUCCUUCAGCCCAGAGCCGGCACUGUAACGCCUUCUUUGGGACCUAAACGAAGUCAAGCAAGUGAACCGCCAAGAGUCCCGGGAACUCCUCGAAGUGUGACGUUACCUCGACGAGAACCAAGUCAAAGAUGUAAGGAAUGUUUUUCAGAGUUUUUAUAUAGCAAAACGCUUAGUUUUUUUGCAUAAUUAUCUACAUGGGAGGUAUGUAAUUAGUAUUACUGAGCCUCGUUAUCAUAGUUAUACGAGACAAAGAGAUGUUAGAUGUUUAUGGCUUAUAGAUUUUAUAGUUAAAUGCCUUUACAUUAAUAAGUCGAGAAUUUAAAUUCCUGCUCAUAAGACAUGUUGUCAAUUAAGUGAUUAAUUAGUUAUGUUUACAGCGGAAGAUGACGACCGUCGUUUUAAUAAGCGCUCUUCUGUGGGCAAGCAGACUGUGGCCGAGGCCGCUUUGGCCACUGGAUCUUCGUUAAAUCUGUAUCGAAAUCCUUUGGAUUCCGAGGAAAUUGAUCAGUCUCAUCGAUAA